GCCAGCACAAAAAUUGUAUAGCCUUUCUCAAAUCUCAUAAAAUCGAAAAUUUAAAUUAAAGUGUUUCUCAAAUCUAAAAAAACAAAAAUUGUAUAGUCUUUCUCAAAUCUCAUAAAAUCGAAAAUUUGAAUAAAAGUGUUUCUGAAAUCUAAAAAAAUUGGGGAUUUGAACUGGAGCUGCGAAAAAUUGAGGCAAGAGAGGAGGCCAAUCUUUUCUGAAAAACUUUUGGAAGGCAUUUUUUUCUGGAGGCCAAUUUUUGGACAAAGAAGGCAAUGCCAAAAAUCCAACAAGCCAUUGCCUCCACCGGCUACCAUGUGUACCAACAUACCUUCCCACCUUAAACCGCCACCACCAUCCCAUUCCCUUUCCUUUGCCAGCCGAUCACCAACCCAACCCCACCGAUCUCCCAACUACCCCCCCAGGAACAGCUCCCAUCUCCCACCUUCCCACCACCUACAGCCCUACUGAGAUAGCCAUCGAAACUGCCAACAAAUAAAUAGCAACUGUCACAGCCAAAAACAAAAAAUAAAAAACCCAAGCCAACAAAGCCAGAAAAAAAAAAUGCAAACAACCACAGUCCUCUAUUGAGGAAUCCAUCGGGAAAAAAAAAAAGAAGCAGAAAAGGGGCCGUUGAGGAUGAAAAGGGCUGUCGGUCAUUGGAUAUUUUUUGUUUUUAUGAGUGAUUUGGGAGAGUAUUUUUAAGAUUUUGGGAAAGGAGAGAAAAGAGCUAUUUUUUUGGGCAGUGGGAGCGACGGCGGGGUAUGGAGGUCAGCGCAGGCGAGGAGACUUUUAGAUGAUCUAAACCGGUAUAAAGGAAGGAUGGAAGGGGAGAAACAACAUACUUUGGUUUCAGGACGAUCGGACGGCGAGAAGAGGGUGAAAGGCGAUUUAAAAUUUCGGGUUAAAGUUUCAGAUCUAAGCUAUUAUGAGGUGAUUUGCGAAAAACAGAGGCUGAAUCUGAGACAAGAAGGAAGAGAGGAGUCCACGGCUGAAAUUUUGGAGUCAACUGAUGCCAAAUGGCGGUCGGGUCGGCUACCGUCACCGAGAUCUGGGUUAGGGGAGAGUGGCCGGGUGUGUCUUUUUUGGAGAGAAAAUGUUGCAUUUGAUACAAAAAACGGAAAACUCAGGUACGCACAGUAUAAGAGAAUAUUAGAGGAAAUUAACAAGUAUGAAGGCAGUUUAGAAGCAUUUUCUCUUGGCUAUGAGAAGCUUGGUUCACAUAUCUUUUGGCCUAAUAAUGUUGAUGAUUCACCACCAAUUCCCCAUGGUUCUCAAGUGAAGUAUCAUGUGACAAACUUCUUUGCACCAAGCAGCUGUUUUGGAAUGCCUGAUGAUCUUAAGUCACUGAUAGAUGGGGCUCACAAGUUGGGUCUACUUGUUCUUAUGGAUAUUGUGCAUAGCCAUGCAUCUAAUAAUAUGUUAGAUGGAUUGAACAUGUUUGAUGGAACCGAUGCUCAUUACUUCCACUUGGGGUCAAGAGGUCACCACGGGAUGUGGGAUUCUCGCCUUUUUAAUUAUGGAAGCUGGGAAGUACAAAGGUUUCUUCUUUCAAAUGCAAGAUGGUGGCUAGAGGAAUAUAGGUUUGAUGGGUUCAAAUUUGAUGUUUUGACUUCAAUGAUGUACACCUAUCAUGGGUUGCAGGUAGCAUUUAUUGGAAACUACAAUGAGUAAUUUGGAUAUGAAACUGAUGUAGAUGCUGUUGUCUAUUUGAUGCUGGUUAAUCAUAUGAUUCAUGGAGUUUAUCUUGAGGCUGUCACCAUUGGCGAAGAUGUGAGUAGAAUGCCUACAUUUUGCCUUCCUGUCCAAGAUGGUGUGGAAUUGAUUAUCAACUGCACAUGGCCAUUGUUAAAUUGAUUAUUUCUUGAUUUCUUGUGAAAAUUUUGAAGUAUAUUUUGUGCUUGAUUGUUAUGUCAAUUUAUUUGAUUGUGAUGAAAUAUGCUUGCUCUUGUGAUUUUAAUUUGAUGCAUGAUUGGCUAAUUUAUCUUAACUAAAAUAUAUUAUUGACUCAUUUAUUGUUCUUGUCAUGUGUACUUAUAUGAAUAUGAUUGAGUUUUACUUGACAUGGUUGCAACAUGGAUUAAGUAAGUGAUUUUCUUAUAAUGCUUAUGUUUGUCUUAAAUCAUUGUUGAUUAUGGCUUAUAAUUUGUAUAGAUAUAUUUAUGCUUUUAUGGUGAAAUUUUUUUGAUGAUAAGUAUAUCUUUUUUGAGUUUUUUGAAUUCUAUAAGGCCUUAAAUUAGUUUUGACAUAUUUCUUGAUGAUUUACUGAAUAUAUAUGAAUAUUGAAUGUCUAUUUUGUGUUCAUGAAUAAUUUAAAAUAUUUGAUUUUUGUACAUUACAUGAGAACUUUAACUUUAAUGACAAUAUUGUGAUAUAUGAUGCUUAAUUUGAUACAUGAUUUUUAGUAAGUUUAUAUAUAUAUAUAUAUAUAUCUUUUUUUUAAUUGAAAAAUUGGAUUUAGUGAACAAAAUUUUAUUUGUCUAUAAUGAUUUAGAUUAUGGAAUUUAUUUUGAACAAUUGGUAUAAUUUUUAUUAAUUGAUUUUCUUGAUGUUUCUAAUGAAAAUUUUUUGUCAAGAAAUUUUUCUAACUUUAUAAAAGAAGAACUUGAAAUAAGCACGAGCUGACAUUUUUGAGAUUUUAAGUGGAACAAGUAAAGUAAAUCAUCUUCAUCAAUCAAGCUCAAGUACAUUAAAAAUUAACUUAUAAAAGUGAAAUGGAGGAUUCAAAGCUUCACUCAACUAUAAUAAGCACAACAACAUAACUUGAGAAUGAUGUAAGUAAUUGUUUUGAAUUUAUGCUAUGUGCUUAUGAUUUAUAAUGUUUAAUGCAUGGUUUGAUAAAUUUUUACU